AUGACCGGCUCAACACCGUACGGCUCCGGAUUAGCCGAAAACGACAUGAACAGCAGCACCGAUGAUGCCACGGAGCCGAAGAGAGUGGAACUUGGCACCGGCAAAGACAUGGACAAGAAACGGCGUGGCAGCGCAGGCGAGAAGAGUUCGGAUACGGAUCCCGGAUAUUCGGAACGGAAGGUGGAAGAGGGCGAGGCCUUCUUCCGCAGACUUGGAUGGAAGCGACUCACAGUUGUGCUAAUUGUGAACGCCAUUGCAUUGGGCAGUCUAAGCCUGCCGGCUGCCUUUGCGACGCUGGGCAUGGUCGCCGGCGUUAUAUCCUGCGUCGGUGUCGGCUUGCUGGCCAUAUACACCAGCCACAUCAUCGGUCUGGUCAAGUUGAAGUUCCCCGAGAUUGACCACUAUGGAGCCGCUAUGGGACUCCUGUUUGGCCGUUUUGGCAGGUUCGGAUAUGAAUUGGGCAGUGCCAUGUUUGUGAUAGAGCUCAUUCUGCUCGUCGGAUCUCACUGCCUCACGGGCACUAUUGCCUUUACCCACAUCACCGAGAGCAGUGUCUGUUCAAUCGUAUUUGGUGUGGUAUCAGCCAUCAUCCUAUUGCUUCUAGCUAUCCCCCCGUCCUUUACGGAACAGGCGAUACUCGGCUAUGUUGACUUCAUCUCCAUCAUUGGCGCCAUCGGCAUUACCAUGAUCGCCACCGGCAUCCGAUCAAGCCAUGAGAUACUGAGCGAGAGCACAUGGUCAGCGUGGCCAGCGCCUGACACGACCUUCAUUCAAGGUUUCGUGGCCAUCACAAACAUUGUAUUUGCGUACAGUUUCGCCAUGUGUCAGUUCACUUUCAUGGACGAAUUGAAGAAGCCAGAGGACUAUGUCAAGUCCAUUUGGUCGCUUGGAAUCAUUGAGAUCAUCAUCUACACCCUGACAGGUGCCAUCAUCUACGCAUUCGUCGGAUCUGAAGUCCAAUCGCCUGCACUUCUCUCUGCUGGCAAUGUGGUCUCGCGAGUUGCCUUUGGCAUUGCCCUGCCAGUGAUUUUCAUUUCGGGGUCUAUCAAUAUUACAGUUGCCGGGCGCUAUAUCCACGGACGCAUAUUCAAACACUCCAUAACCCGUUUUGUGAACACUACCAAAGGUUGGAUCACCUGGUUGGCUAUCAUUACUGUCAUCACCAUUCUGGCGUUUAUCACGGCUGAGGCCAUUCCCAUCUUCAGCGACCUCUUGUCUCUCUGCUCAUCUCUGUUUGUGUCGGGAUUCUCAUUCUACCUGCCUGCACUCAUGUGGUACAAACUGAUCAAGCAGGGCCGAUGGUAUGACCGCGAAAACCUUGGUCACGCUCUCAUGUGCGCUGUGGCAUUCGUGGUUGGUUUGGUUGUGUUGGGAUGUGGAACAUAUGCAAGCAUCGUUGAUAUCAGAGACAAUUUCCGAGAAGGGACAGUCAGCGGAGUGUUUACUUGUUAA